CCAUUAAGUUCAAGUAAAAUGUCAUCUUCCAGUUCCAAAGAAAGUGAUUCAGAAAGUAGCGAAUCAGAAAUUAGCGAAUCGGAAAGUAGUAAAUCAGAAAGUAGUGAAUCAGAAAGUAGUGAAUCAGAAAGUAGUGAAUCAGGAAAUUCGA